AACGACUUGCCCGUGACUUUGCGACUAGUCGUUGACCGGCACAUCACCAUAUCCCUCUAAAUCAAACACAUCACUUUUACACGUAUAGAAGAUGGGUGUGCCGAUGUACACGCGGAAAAUGAGUAUGUUAUCUAUUUUUUAUUGUCUCGCUGGUGCCCUAGUAUUCCGGUUUGCGCUUACCUGUGGUACUUUGGCUUGAUGCAUCCAAAGUCUUCCGACAGUCAACGGUAAAGUAGUUGUCUGUACUCGCAAACUGUACAGUCCAUAUUUACUCUAUUCCCAAUCAGUAUCGUGACGUGAAGGAAGAGAACCCCGUUUGAUUGCCGGAAAUUUGACUCUCUUCCCGCCAAGCCACGACAAGCGAACCCCACGUCCGUAGUACGGACCCCGAUUAUCAUGGCAGUUUCCAUAUCCAGCGUUACCGCCACGCUUCCAUCACACUGGAAAUACGUCUCCGAAGGCGGCGCUACCAUUGUCUUUUCCUACGUCGGUCCCCCGAAUCUUAGCUUCGAUGGCAUGGUAUUGCGUUUGCGCAAGUCUGGGGUACAGACGCCCGUGCUUGAGAAGCAGGCGUUCGGUACGGUUGCGGAGGAAGAGGAACCAGACGAUUCAUCCAUUGUGUUCCAAGAGACGUGCAUGAAACGGCUGAUACCCUCGGUUCAUCUGCCAAAACUACAGUCGGUUCCUGUGGACAAGGCGUGGCUAGAGGAGCUUUCUCGGUUACACGAACCCGAUCGCCCGUUGCAGAGGACCGUGAGCGGAGGUAUCGAUACAAUGAAGGGCAAGGCUGUGUUGGCGACCGACCUUGUGGGCGGCUCAGGACUGGCUAUAGAAAUCAAACCCAAAUGGUCUUUUCUUCCCAACAAGACAUACCUUUCGGCGGCUAAUUAUUCAAUCAAGGCGACUACUUGCCGAUUUUGCAUGCACUCUCACAUGAGGUCAAGGGAUGGAGAGACCGUCUCUCUCGGAUACUGCCCGCUAGAUUUAUUCUCCAGUAAUCGGGGCCGCAUGAAGCAGGCGGUCUAUUCCCUUUACGAUAAUUGGCUCCAGAGCGAUGGAACAGUAAACAAUCUAAAGAUAUUCGUCAAGGGUACGAAAAUUGGUGUGGACCAGAGGUUCUCGAUGUUCUCCUCCGAAGCAUACGAAGAAUCCGACGAGAACGUCCGAGAAACAUUCUCGGAGGCAAUUCUCGCGCUUCUUGUGGGUACACCAGUCCUUCGCAUUCUCAACAAGCUUCAACGGACCCUUGAUUCGCUUGACAUCGAGGGGCUGUCACUAUUAUGGAGAGAAGCCCAGGGCCCAGCGAACCCCCCGCAGUCUACAAAUGGGUAUACACCUCUAGGGCGCGCUAUUGGCGUCGGCGGACCUAAUCCCUCUCUAGCUGACUGGUCCGCUUUCAUUGAUGAAUACCUCACUCGGCCACCCAACUUGGAGGACUUACGGUACCACCUCCUCGCGUAUCUCCUUUCCGCCACGUUUAAGGAUUGUUCCAUUAUGAUUAGGAUGGACUUGUUGGAUCCGAGGCGUCCGCAGGGGGAGGUGGAUCCGUCCAAGGUCACUGUUAUUGAUCUGGAUCCAAAGAGUAUGGCUCGGCUGGCGAAGUGGGAAAAGUUGGACGAGAUUAUUGUCAGGGAGUAUUCGGCCGUUCCUGUUGCGGAUAGGAAGACAUGUUUGGAUGACUGGGUUGACGAGGUUUGAUUAUGAAUAUUUUAUCGUACGUAUGUUAUGGAGAACGGAUUUAUGCUAUCAUCUUGCGUUUCGCUUGUUCCGCGGGGAUAGUAAAAUUGGGAGAGCG